AUGAGAAUCAUACCACUGCUACACUGGCUGGGGGUGUUUCUAUAUUUUUCAGGACACACUCAGGCUGAGCACCCUCAAUAUCACAGCCCCCCAGAAGUGGUGAUUCCCUUGAAGGUACCUGACACUAGCAGAGGCAUGAAGCCUAAAGGCUGGCUCUCUUACAGCCUACAUUUUGGGGGCCAGAGACAUGUUGUACACAUGAAGGUCAAGAAGCAUUUGCUGUCCAGACACCUUCCAGUGUUCACCUACACAGACCAGGGUGCUCUCUUGGAGGACCAUCCUUUUGUCCAGAAUGACUGCUACUAUCAUGGUUAUGUGGAAGGGGACCCAGAAUCCCUGGUUGCCCUCAGUACCUGUUUUGGUGGCCUUCAAGGAUUAUUACAGAUAAAUGAUGUUGUUUAUGAAAUUAAGCCCAAGAUUUUUUCUACCAAAUUUGAGCAUCUGGUAUAUAAAAUGGACAGUGAGGAGACUCAAUUCCCAACCAUGAAAUCUGGCAUUAUGGAAGAGGAAACUGUAAGCCAAUUUGAGUUUCAAGAGAUUGGUAAUGCUACUCUGAAACAAAGUGGUAUUGAAGGCUGGUGGGUCCAUGUGUACAUUGUUGAAAUUGCAGUCGUGGUGGACAAUGCUCUAUAUCAUCAGUUUAAAAAGAAUGUCACAAAGUUGAAGGAGAAUAUAUUUCUUAUUGUAAAUAUAGUGGAUUCCAUUUAUGAAGAUAUGGGUAUUAAGGUGUUCAUGUUUGGUAUGGAGAUCUGGACUGAAAAAAAUCACGUUGAAGUGGAUGCUGUAAAGAGAUCUCUGAGAGAUUUUUGUGAAUGGAAGGCUGAAAACAUUGAUGCCCGCAUAGCCCAUGAUACCGUACACCUGUUUAUAAACAGAACAUUAAGAGGAUUGACUGGUUUAGGCUACAUUGCAGGAAUGUGUAGAUCAAAAUUUAGUUGUGCAGUUGUUUCCUUUGGAGGCAAAACCUUGCCCAUUAUUGCGAUCGCCAUGGCUCAUCAUAUAGGUCAUAAUUUGGGUAUGUCUCAUGAUGAAGUAACAUGUGUGUGUGCAGAAGGUUUUUAUAGAUGUAUAAUGAAUGCUGACAACCCACCAAUAGUCAAAUUUAGCAACUGCAGUUACUCUCUUUUUUGGGGAUAUACUGUACAUACGGCAAAAUGUUUGCACUACACUAUAUACACAAAGGACAUAUUUUCAAGGACGCGCUGUGGGAAUGGUGUUGUGGAAGAAGGAGAACAGUGUGACUGUGGAUCUUUGCAGAGCUGUUCAAAAGAUGCCUGUUGUCUGACAAACUGCACUCUGAGCUUUGGGUCUGCUUGUGCUUUUGGGCUUUGUUGCAAGGACUGCAAUUUCUUACCAUCAGGGGAAAUGUGUAGGAAGGAGGUCAACGAAUGUGACCUUCCAGAGUGGUGCAAUGGAACAUCCCACAUGUGCCCAGAUGACGUAUACGUAGAGGAUGGAAUUCCCUGUAACGAGAGCGCCUACUGUUACGAAAAGAGGUGUAGUGACCGUGAUACUCAGUGUAGGCAAAUUUUUGGCCAAAAGGCCAAGAAUGCAAAAAACACUUGUUACAAACAAGUAAAUACUCAAGGUGAUCGUUUUGGUAACUGUGGAGUUGAGAACUUCACAUAUCUAAAAUGCAGUAUGUCGGACAGCUUGUGUGGGAGAAUUCAGUGUGAUAGCGUGGCAGAAAUUCCCCGCCUGAAAGAUCAUUCUACUGUGCAUGGGACUCGUGUCAACAACACCACCUGCUGGGGUAUAGACUACCACAUUGGGAUGACCAUACCUGACAUCGGUGAAGUGAACGAUGGCACAGAGUGUGGCCCAGAACAUGUCUGCAUCCAAAAGAAGUGUGUUCAUCUUUCUCACUUGGAUAGUGAUUGUUCACCCAAGUUCUGCAACAUGAGGGGGAUCUGCAACAAUAAACAUCACUGCCAUUGCAACUACCUGUGGGACCCUCCCAACUGCCUAAUAAGAGGCCACGGAGGGAGUGUCGACAGUGGCCCACCCCCUAAGAGAAAGAAGAUAAAGAAGAUUUACCUGAUAUUUCCAUGUCUUCUUUUGUUGUUACUUCUGUUAUGUUGUCUUAUUUACACUUGUCUGAAGAAAAAACCUAAAGAAAAAAAAGGAAACAUUCAGCCUCGACCUGAAAAAUCAAGGCAAAAAACUCAGACUCCACGUGGGAAAUAA